AUGAGCAACAGGCUGGGCCCCUGCUAGUGUAGCGCAGCGGUCGGGAUUAAACCUGAACUAAAUCGACCAACAUUUGUAGAGGACAGCCUUUAUGGUUUAGUCUCGCCUGGCCUUCGUGUUGCUGGGGGUAGACAGCAGACGAUAACGGCACACACACUCUUUUUUAACUAGAAAACAGGAUUGCUUCUAGGCCGUGGCAUGGAUGAGGUACGGCCUACCAGCGGGGCUCAACCCCACGGGCUGGUACCGCUGUUUCCCCCUGGACUGCAGGCUAUCUACGGGGAAUGCCGGCGAAUGUAUCCCGAACAGGCCAACCCGCUUCAAGUUACAGCCAUUGUGAAGUAUUGGUUAGGGGGACCUGACCCGCUAGACUACAUCAGUAUGUAUAGGAGCACGGGCUGUCCAACUCAGGACAUCCAGGAGCAUUGGCACUACGUCAGCUUUGGCCUGAGUGACCUGUAUGGGGAUAAUAGGGUUCAUGAAUUCACAGGGGCAAACGGGCCCAGCGGGUUUGGUUUUGAGCUCACAUUUAGACUCAAGAGAGAGACGGGAGAGACGGCACCACCGACCUGGCCGGCUGAACUCAUGCAAGGCUUGGCUCGCUAUGUGUUCCAGUCAGAAAACACAUUUUGUAGUGGCGACCAUAUCUCGUGGCACAGUCCACUAGACAACAGUGAAUCUCGUAUCCAGCAUAUGUUGCUGACAGAGGACCCGCAGAUGCAACCAGUUCAAACACCAUUUGGCUCAGUGAGCUUCCUCCAGAUUGUGGGUGUGUGCACAGAGGAGCUCCAGGCAGCCCAGCAGUGGAACGGCCAGGGCAUCCUGGAGCUGAUGCGUGGAGUCACAGUAGCUGGUGGCUCCUGGCUGAUCACGGACAUGAGGAGAGGAGAGACUAUUUUUGACAUUGAUCCACACCUUCAACAGGAGAGAGUGGACCAGGGUAUUGAGACAGAGGGCUCCAACCUGAGCGGGGUCAGCGCUAAGUGUGUGUGGGAUGAUCUGAGCCGACCGCCAGAGGAUGAGGAGGAUAGCCGAUCCAUCUGUAUCGGCUCGCAACCACGCAGGCUCUCCGACAAAGACACGGAGCAGAUUAGAGAGACUCUGCGAAAAGGACUGGAGUUCAACAGCAAGGCAGCAAUCCCACCCAUCAGCAGCCAGAGACCGAGCCAUGAGAGACCUCAGAGUCGGAAGGACAGUUUAGAGAGUGAGAGUUCAGCAGCCAUUGUUCCUCAUGAGUUGGUCCGAACGCGACAGUUGGAGAGCGUCCAUCUGAAGUUCAACCAAGAGUCCGGCACAUUGUUGCCCCUCUGCCUGCGGGGCCGGUUGCUCCACGGGAGACACUUCACAUACAAAAGUAUCAAUGGAGACACGGCCAUUACAUUUGUGUCGACUGGAGUUGAAGGAGCUUUUGCCACUGAGGAGCAUCCGUAUGCAGCUCAUGGCCCCUGGCUUCAGAUAUUGUUGACUGAGGAGUUUGUGGAGCAGAUGCUUGGGGAUUUACAGGAACUCAACACUUGUGAGGAGACAAAGUUACCAAAGGAGUACAGUUGGCCAGAAAAGAAACUGAAGAUCUCUGUCCUACCAGACUCUGUGUUUGACAAUCCACUGCAAUGAGACAGAGACACUUCUUCUCUAGAAACCUCCAAUAUACAAACCCCUGCAGACACACACUUCCAGAGUGAACCUUCAUGAACAGGAGACCUCCCAGAACUGGCAGCGACCCUCAGCUGGCGCACAGACAUGUUGAUCCCACAGUGGACGGCCAGAGACUCACUCCUGAACAUGAUCUGACAGAUGAUCUAAACUCUCUUCAUGGUUACUGCAUUCUUAGAUGAGCCCCACUGUUUACAACAUUUCUCCUGGGCUUGAACGCUUGAGCAUGUAAAACCAGCCUGUCUAGAUGGUUGAGCUGUAAGAAUAAUCAUUAUAGGGGGCACACAAGCUGUAGGGUAAAUGAGGAUGUUGUCAUACCUCCAGUGAGGCCGGCCAAGGUCCAAAAAAUAAGUAAUAAAUACAUUUGAUACUGCAUCCUGUGAUCUCCAGACACUGCGUCUCAGGCGAUAACCGUGUUGCUGUUCUCAAAAGCAAUUCUAUUUAUUCCACUGGGCUUUAGAAAAGAUGGGAAAAGUCACAUAUUGGAGUUUUUGUUCCCAUUUUUCUUUUGAUUGAGCUCAUGUGUAUAGUAUUUACAAAUGCUGGACAUUUUUCUCUUACGUGUUUGUGGUCAUACCAAAGUUUAAACUGUUGGCAAGUCCUUUGCCCAUACAGUCUGUGUCAAAUGUGUCCCGAUUCUAUGAUGAUGACAUGUCAGGCUGAACCAUGAGUCAUUAAUAAUCACUGCCUGUUUGUUAAUCAAACAAGCACCUGACUGGUUUUCUUAUCUUUUCUUUUCUUUAAUGCUUCUUCUGAAGUUAUGGAAUGAAACGCAUCAAUUAUGUUGUAAAUAUUUAAAGACUGGGAGUGUGUGGUCAGUGUCUUCUCCAGUGGCCACAUGAGUGUUUAGUUUUAUCUGUAGGACCUGCCUGAAAACGAGUUGUAGUAAAAUUCCUUAGUGCCUUGUGUUGGAAUGGACCACAUCUUCUCGGUUGGCCCUGGAUGCCGCCCGAAGCUCCUGGGUUGUUAGAGAAGUCACAUUAAAUCAAGGCUGCUGCCUUCAGUCUUUUUCUGUCAUUGCAUUCCAUUUUAACACAAAAACAGACGAGACUACUUUUACGACAGAUAUAUACUCUUUUACAACAUGUGAUGGCAUCUUAUUUUUGUUUGCCUUCUAUUCAGAAUGACACAUGUAAGGUUACUCUUUGUUUUGGUAUUUUGUAUUCACUAGUUUAUGACUGAACUGCCUGAUUGUAAUCCCAAGUGCAUUAAAGCGUGUAUGUAUUGACACAAAUAAAGCUGAAACACUAAUGCAAGAUUA